UAUAGCUUUUCCUCCAUUGAAGCAAGCUCAAAGAACUCCAAAAGCCACAUCAAAUUGUCUAAGAAAGUACGCUAAAGUGUGAUAAACGACGUAUAAUUAAUUAAUAAUGGGAAAAAUAGAAGAGGAUGAUCAACAUUACUCGUCGUCAUCUUCGUCGACUGAUAGUAACGUUGAUAGUAAUUUGUAUCGUCGCCAUCAUCGUUUGAGUGAUUCACAUUCUCUAUCGGCCUCUGCAUCGUAUAAUAGCGCGACAACCAGUUCUUCAUUUUGUAUAAUUAAUGGGAAUUCUAAUGAUUUUGGUAACAAGGAUUUCAGCACUGAUCUUAGGUUGGGUCUUAGCAUUUCUUCUCAUCAUCACGACUUGUCUUCCUCUCUAAGGGGGCAGUAUAGUGACUGGUCACCAAUGAAGGCAUCGUUGAGGAGCACGCUUGGUUCAGAAACAUCAAAUUGCCGGCGAGAAACUUUGUUUAUCAAAGUUAGUAUGGAAGGUAUUCCUAUUGGUCGAAAAUUGGACUUACUUCCUCAUCAUGGCUACCAUAGCUUGAUUACUACCCUUGUUCAAAUGUUUAGGACCACCAUCCUUUCUUCUGAUAUUAUCUGCAACAUUUCGCCUGAAAAUGGUCAUAUUCUCACUUAUGAGGAUAAAGAAGGAGAUUGGAUGAUGGUUGGGGAUGUUCCUUGGGAUCAAAGUAGUGCAUUGGAGACCAUGCAUAAUGGAAAAGUGAGGAACAUUAUAGAACGGAGGAAGUAUAUCUUUAUCAAAGAUGUUUUUGGCUACUGUAAAAAGGCUGAAGAUUGUUGCAUUUGAAAAAUGUCAAUAGAGUGCAUCCUCCGGGAUACUAAGCGGUUGAAGAAACCGUUUUGACUAACCUUUAUAUUAAUAACCCCAACUACGUACUUUUCGUUUAAUAAUUUGUCAAAUGGAAUGUACGAGCUGUUAGAAUCAUAUUAAAAUUUCCCCCUUUUUUUUUGUUGAGUAUUUAAUUAGGAUUUGUUCAGUUAGCAGUAAGUUUCCCAUGUACUCCAUAGUACUCCAUACUUCACAUUAAACCUUUUGUCAUCUUUUGUGAUGCAUACCUAAGAAAAAUUAUAAUUAUGUGAGAUCUUGAUAGAUUCGUAUCAAUAUAUAUUUUGUAAAUAUCAACUUGUUAUA